AAAAAAAAAUGUAAUCGAAAAUUGGCGUGCAAGGCUGCAAGCCUGAAGCCUCAAACGCGAAGCAGAGUACCUGGGUGACUGGGCAGGGAUUAGAGCUUCACAGUUCACACCGCUCAACCUUGGCGUGGCGGUCUUCCUUCAGCUUCAGAGGCCGAGCAGCUCUUUUGUGUUGCUUAAUCCCUGGCGCGGUAAGCCUUCAACGUCAGAGUACCUUUCCUUUUGUUAGACUGAAAACGUUUCCAGCUUUCGUGGACUCGGCGAAGAACUCAAGAUUCAAAUGUCAGGGAAAGAAGAUAUUCGAGGCUCAGAUUCUUUCUCAGAGAAAGGAAAGGAUCUGAUAAUUGAGGGGUACCCUAUUCAGGGUUUGUCCAUUGGAGGCCAAGAAACGUGCAUAAUUUUCCCCUCACUUAAAUUAGCUUUUGAUAUUGGUCGCUGCCCUCCCCGUGCUGUUUGCCAAGACUUCCUCCUUAUUUCCCAUUCUCACAUGGAUCACAUAGGAGGACUGCCUAUGUAUGUUGCUACAAGAGGCUUAUACCGUAUGAAGCCACCAACAAUUAUUGUACCGUCAUCCGUAAAAGAGGACGUAGAGAAGCUCUUUGAGGUGCACAGGAAACUGGACCACUCAGAACUGAAGCACAAUCUGGUUGGCUUGGAUAUAGGAGAAGAGUUUUAUUUGAGAAACGAUAUUAAAGUAAAAGCUUUUAAGACCUACCAUGUGAUACCUAGCCAGGGUUAUGUACUUUACUCUGUAAAAAAGAAGCUUAAACACGAGUACCUUGGCCUUCCUGGAAAUGAAAUUAAGAAGUUGAAGUUUUCAGGUGUGGAGAUCACGUACACUUUGGAAGAACCAGAGAUUGCUUUCACUGGAGACACUAUGUCGGAUUUCAUAGUUGAUGAUAGUAAUAUUGAUGCAUUGCGGGCCAGGAUCCUUGUUAUGGAGUGCACCUUUGUAAACGAUUCAAUUACAGUGACGCAUGCCAGGGAUUAUGGACACACUCAUCUGUCUGAGAUAAUUAGUCACGCUGGGAAGUUGCAAAACAGAGCAAUCCUUCUAAUUCACUUUUCAGCACGCUACACAGAAGAGGAAAUUCAAGAAGCCAUAGCGGCCUUGCCUCCACCAUUAGCGGGUCGAACUUAUGCACUUACAGAGGGUUUCUGACUCAAGGAUCUACGAGCUUUCUUGAUGGCAAAUGAAGGAUCAAAUGAAUGCCGGGCUGAUUCCUGUUUUGUAAUGAGCUACUAGGGCCACUGGGCUAUGCCAGUUGUUUUAUUCAAUUACUAUUUUACAAUUAAAUGUUAGAGAAUAGUUGGCAAAAGAAAAAGAAAAUAUCAGAGAACAUGUUGCAUGUAUGGUGAAGUUAUUAGUCUCAUCCAAGACCUCACAGUUAGGUGUAUGUUGAAGUUGAGUAUUUAAAAUUUUAUGGACAGAAGUAUAUUCUCCUUUUGCCUCUUAAAGGUCAGGGUGAGGAUCAA